UUUCAUUUCAAUUCAAAUUUCCAUUUCUCUUUCUUCUUCUUCUAGCAAAACCAGUAGUACUCUUCUUGCUGGCAUCUCAAUUCUCAAUUACCGAGAUGUAGCGGCACUGGUUUCCUUCGAGAUUUUCGUUUCGGUUCGUCAUUUUGGAAGAUUGAAUCCGGAAAAUUCUGGAACAGAGGCGCUUCUGGUUGAUUGGUGAAGUUGUGGUCUAAUGGCAAAAGUUUGUUGGCCGUAUUUUGAUCCCGAGUAUGAGAACUUAAGCACGAGAAUCAAUCCUCCAAGGGUGUCUGUUGACAACUCCAGUUGUAGUGACUGUACUCUAAUCAAGCUUGACAGUGUUAACAAACCAGGAAUUCUGCUAGAAGUUGUACAAAUUUUAUCUGACCUUGAUCUCAUCAUCACUAAAGCGUAUAUUUCUUCUGAUGGCGGAUUUUUCAUGGAUGUGUUUCAUGUCACUGAUCAGCAAGGAAACAAAAUUACCGAUAGCAAGACCAUCGACUACAUAGAGAAGGCCUUAGGACCAAAGGGGAAGACCACAGAGGAACUGAAAACUUGGCAAGGAAAACAGGUUGGUGUGCACUCUAUUGGUGAUCAUACGGUGGUUGAACUCAUAGGCAGAGACCGUCCAGGUCUCUUGUCUGAGAUCUCAGCUGUCCUUGCAAACCUUCGGUUUAAUGUGUAUGUGGCUGAAGUGUGGACGCAUAAUAGGCGGAUAGCAUGUGUUCUUUAUGUCAAUGAUGAUGUCACAUGCCGGGCAGUGAAUGAUCCAACCAGAUUAUCUGCUAUGGAAGAGCAGCUAAAGAACAUUCUGCGAGGAUGCGAGGAUGAUGAAAAAGUGGGCUACACUAGUUUCUCUAUGGGAUUCACCCACAUUGAUAGACGGCUGCAUCAAAUGUUGUUUGCUGACAGAGAUUACGAGGGUUGUGGACUUACUAAUGAGGUCGAUUCUCCUCCUUCCUUCAAACCAAAGAUCGCGAUAGAGCGUUGUGAGGAAAAGGGAUACUCAGUUGUGAGUGUCCGCUGUAAAGAUCGUGCGAAACUGAUGUUUGACAUUGUGUGCACACUCACAGAUAUGCAAUAUGUUGUUUUCCAUGCGACUAUCUCAUCAGAUGCUCCUUAUGCUUCACAGGAGUAUUAUAUUCGUCACAUGGAUGGUUGUACACUUGAUACGGAAGGAGAAAAGGAAAGGGUCGUCAAAUGUAUAGAAGCCGCAAUUCAGAGAAGAGUAAGCGAGGGUCUAAGACUGGAGCUUUGCGCAAAAGAUAGAGUAGGCUUGUUAUCGGAAGUAACGAGGAUUCUGAGAGAGAAUGGGCUGUCAGUUUCAAGAGCAGGAGUCUCAACCGUUGGGGAACAAGCAGUGAAUGUCUUCUUCGUGAGAGACGCAUCAGGAAACCCGGUGGAUAUGAAGACAAUCGAAGCGCUUCGUAAAGAAAUCGGGCACACAAUGAUGCUGAGUGUGAAGAAGGUCCCAACAAGUUCCAAGGCACCUGAGGCUAGUGGGUGGGCCAAGACAAGCUUCUUCUUCGGAAACUUGUUGGAGAAAUUUUUGGCUUGAACUGAUGAUGAUGUCCUUUUAACGAGUGUUAAGAAGAUAUUGGAAGUGUACAGAAUAAAUGUAACAAAACUGUUCAGGAUCUUGUCUGGGCAGGGCUUGUCUAAUUGCAAUACUCAUGUAAACACGUACAUGUUGUGGUUGUAACUUGUAACUUAUGCUGC